AUGGGUUGUUUUGACUAUAGUGAGCAUGGGUUCCCAUUUUCCAAGGUUCAAAGGAUAAACUCACUUGGUCUCACGUUUAUGAAUUAUGAUACUGAAUUAUGUGAUGAUAGAGAAAUUAAAAGUGAUAAAUUUGUUAUUGGACAUGUAACAAAUUAUGAACUUGUUGAGUCUGAAAAGGAGGUAAAGAGCCCGAGCAGGAAGAAGGUAAAUUACUUGAGUUUGCACACCAGACACAAGUCAUAUAAUAGCAUACCACGACGUGUUAUCUGUGAUAGCCUCAAAGCUAGAGGUAUUUCUCUAGUGUAUAUUGAGGUCAUACGGGAUAUGUAUGACAGCGUUUCGACUAGCAUUCAAACACCGGCAGGGAUAACCGAGCCAUUUCCGACGUUGCCGUGGUGCAUGAUAUUCGCGGACGACAUAGUGCUGGCAGCAGAAACCAGAGAGGAGGUUAGUAACAAAUCGGAUGAGUGGAGGGAAGCUUUAAAAGGUAAAGGUGAAACAGAGGUGUCCAUCGAUGAUACAGCGGGUUCGCUUAAGUGGCGAGCAGCCACCGCAGUGUUAUGGGAUAGGAAUUUCCCAAGCAAGUUAAAAGGAAAAUUCUACCAGACGGCAAUCAAACCUGCUUUGCUAUAUGGAACCGAAUGUUGGUCUGUAAAGAAGAUUUUCCAACAUAAAAUGAAAGUUACAGAAAUGCGUAUGCUGAGGUGGACGUGUGGGCACACUUUGAUGGAUAGAAUUAGGAACCAAGAGUUUAGGGACAAAUUAGGGAGGAAGAUUUUCGACGCCCUUGUGAGGAGGGUAGAAAGCAUUAUAGUAGAUGGUAAGAGGGGUCGAGGUAGACCAAAGCGAACUUGGGAUGAGCAAAUAAGAGUAGACUUGCAGGAGUUAAACCUCUCUGCGGACCUGACUAGGGAUAGGAGCAAUUGGAGACGCCAUAUCCACUAUAAGAUGACAAUGUAUCCUCUAUGCAUUCCGAAGUCGAGGCGGAUGACUUUGACUCUGACUCUAACUCUGAGUGUGGCAACUUCGGUUGCUUCAGCAAACAGGGGAUAA